AUGGCCAAACUGUAUGACGAAGACAUCGAGGACGCGAUGAUCGAUGUGCUGGAGCAGCCGAAGGUGGUCGCGCUUGGAGAGAUAGGUCUGGACUACUCUUCCAACAACCAUUGCGACCACAAACUCCAGCAGCUCGUCUUCCGCCGCCAGCUACAGUUGGCAAGCAAAGGGAAGCUCCCGCUGGUCAUCCACUCGAGGGAUGCCUCGCAAGACAUGCUGCGGAUCCUCAAAGAGGAGAUGCCGGCGUACUGGCCCAUCCACCGGCAUUGCUUCACCGGCGGAUGGACAGAGGCCCAGCAGUGGAUGGACACCUUUCCCAACUUGUUCUUGGGCCUCACUCCGCUGGUGGGGUUCCACAGCGCUGGGCCGCUUGCGGAAGUUGGCCACCGGAUCCCCCUGGACCGCCUGCUGCUGGAGAUGGAUGCACCCUACUUCCUCCCAAAGAGCGAGUCUAACCGUCUGAAGAGUCCCAUCCAGGGAUAG